AUGGUCGCGAAGCCUCCCAUCCUCCAAGGUCAGACGCCAAAUAUCAGCCUUGGAGGCUUUAAAGAGAAGAUACUCUCCGCUCCUCAAUGGCCGGUUCUAAGCCAUCUCAACGCCGACACCAGUUGGCUCAUCUCACUGGCGUACCCACCCAAUGCAAGGCGACCAGCGGGCAGAACCCGAUUCAACAUUUUGAUCGACCCAUGGUUCACCGGCGCUCAAUCAGACGUCGCAAGCUGGUUCUCCACCCAGUAUCACGCAGUUCCCUCCAGUAUACAAAGCAUUGCAUCCCUCAACAGCAUCCUUGCUGACGUGGAAACUGCUUGUCUGUCUACCUUAGGGACACCUGACGCCAAUGGCUCAUCCCCCACCAACUUCAUUGACCUAGUGGCCAUCUCGCAUGAGUUCACCGAUCACUGCCACCGCGCCACCUUGGAGGAACUUCCUUCCCAUGUACCCGUAUUCACAACCACCAAAGCUGCCCAAUUAGUCCGCUCCUGGUCACAUUUCGACACCGUCGUCGAUGUUCCCCCUCUCACAGCCACCACAGACUGGCGCAACACUUCAAACCCGCCAUUGCCUUCCUGGCUCGGCAUCAGCCGCCUCACCACUGAAGGCAACUCUCUCUACUACCACUCCGCUCUCAUCUUCUGCAUCGCCAAAGCGUCUCUCUCUGCGCUUCCCACGCCCGAAUUGGACAACACAGCAGCAGAAGCCGUAAUAUACACGCCACACGGCGUAGAGUCCGGCACAUUCAGCCAGCUCAGCUCCGCCCGCCCUACAAUCGAGACUCUCGCCCUCCUGCACGGCCUCCACGACGUCUCCAUCACGCUUUCCAAGCAGCUCAACCUCGGCGCCCACAACGCCUUCAGGGCGCAGAAGCUGCUGAAGCCCAAGUACUGGGUGGGCACCCACGACGAGGUGAAGCGUGGGCUGGGACUGAUCGGCCCGUUGCUGAGAAGGAAGGCCUGGACCAUUGAGGACGCAGUGCGGCAAGCCGCCGAGGAGGAGGGCGGUGCCGGUGAAGGUGAGAAGCUACCGUGGGUCGAGCUGGGAAAUGGGGAGUCACUGGUACUGGCGUGA